UGAUGGCUCUCAUUGCGCCUUCCUUCUGUGGUUAAACAUCCUUGCGAGUUGCACGCAUCUUCUCGGAACGAGAACGAUGUUUCUUGUGGUGAGAAAGAACUGGGUGCACGUAGCGGCGAGCUGCCGGGAGGAGGGGAAAUGGGAUCGGAAGGGUGGUGGAAGCUCCUCCGGUCGAUCAAUUGUCCAUUCUCCAAUCGAGCUGACAAUCCCUUGUGUUUGCCUAUGUAAUCGGAGACGGAUCUCUAAUUUUCGCCAUAUCCUGCAGUUCUUUUUUUGGUCUUCAGAGCUUUGGCCGAAGUUUGAUGGGGGAGCGGAGAAGGGUGCCUACUAUGGAACCUGUAGGUGGGAGAACGCGGAAAGAGCGGCGGGAAAGAUGGACGGAGGGAAGGAGGCAGGCGGGGUGCCUCCGCGAGUGUCAUUCCCUCAUGCGUUUAGAAGCAAGAAUGCGUUUGCGGGUGCGGUCAGUGAAGGCAAGUGUGCGGAGAAAGAUGAGGGAAGUGUGUUGAUUGGCCUCUUUUGGUCGAUGCAGAGUACAGCGCAUGGAGGGUCGGUUGUCUUCCCUAAUGUCACGGACAGAUCGAGGAAAAUUUGUGAUAUGCGGGCACGAUACGAGGGGUUGAUAGAGGCAUCAUCUGCAGUCUCGAGAUGUGCAUGCGAGUUUGCUGCAGCGUCAAAGGAGCUUGCAAAUUACUUCACGGAGGCUUUUGGCAAAAUCGACCAUUCAGAAAUAUCGGCUGUUUUCACACAAGUGGGUCAUGUGCAGCAGGAGGUUUCAGACUUGCUUGAGAACUUCGUAUCUGAUAUCGGUUCAACUCUGAUAUCACCUACGGAAGUCCUGCUAGUCGAACUGAGACAAAUAGAGGCUGCUAAGAAGGAUUGUGAUGAAAAAAAGAUGGUACACGACUUGUACCAUGCUCGUGUGAUGAAGCAGAAAGGGAGCAGAUAUUUGAAUGGGACCUCGAAUGCAACAUUUCAUGAGAAGGAACUCCAGCAGGCUAAGGAGGAUUAUGAUGAGUUCACCAUGCAAUUUGGUUGCCGCAUGACAGCGCUGGAACAAAAGAAGCCACGGAGCCUAAUCUCACAAGCAAUGAAAUACCAUCACGCACAGACGAAGUUCUUCUCCAAUGGUAUGAUGAGUGUGCAAUCCAUUGAGCCUUUCAUGAGGCAAACAGCUCAGCAGAAUCACAUGGAUCUACAUGAGGCUAUGUCCCCAGGAGACCCCUGCAUGGGCGCAGAACGGGCAUUGUCAGAUGAUGAUGGUCUGGCAAGCUCAAGUGACAUGGAUCGGCAGGCCGUCUGGGAGCACGAUUCCUGGGAGGAUUGUGGAACCCUUGGUAGUCCAGUGUGGACACCACGAUGUCAAUCCGCCAUGGAGAUAAAGGAACUCCCAGAAGAACUUCCUCCACAGUGGAGCGCUGUGUUGUCUGGUUUGAACAACAGCCUUCGUGAAAUUGGGGCGGAGAGUCUUGAUCAGAAGGAUGCGAUGUUUGCUAUGAACACCAUGGUCAUGGCUGCGCUGGAAUCUGGGAAGGUGCCUGCUGGCAGUCGUCGGCAGAGUAAUAGGCAGUCCUGUAGGCCCCCAGACACUGCUGUGAAUUAUGGAACUAGCAAGUCUGCACCCCUGACAUCAGCUGGUCUCCCUGUGAAUAUGGAGGUCGCACCAGGAGGGAUAAAUAUGGGAAAGGCAAAUGUUUUUGGCCGUCCUCUUACCUCCCAGCCCACUCUGAGCAAAUCUGGCCCAUUGCUUCUUUCUCCACUUCAUCCAGAUCGGCAGGGUGAGCAGAACAGUACAAAUAUAGCUUUCUGUGACAGAAUCCCCUCAGCUCAAGCAGUACACUUGAAGGACACACCCACGGAUAAUGGUGCAAAGCCACAAUCACAAGGCUGCUUGCUCGUUGGUGCCUUGCCUCGGAAAGGGAACCGGCAGGCUGGAGAAGUGAGUAAAUCUGGACCACUGCCUUAUACCGCUCGGGGCAACGGUGUUAUGCAAAACCCGGGUAAUCCACCGGCAACCCAGGCAACAAUGACGACACGGUCAGCAGCUGCGGAUGUCCGAGGGCACCCGAACAUUUCACCAGCUGAUCGAAUGCCGUUGCAGCAGCAGAAGGCCCAGCAUGUACAGAGUCAGUGGAAUCAGCAACAGCCGUCAAAUGUGUUGGCAUCGAGGAAAAUUGUGGAAAAGCGGCCAAUUGUGAGCAAAUCUGGUCCCCUUGUGACAUCUGGUGCCAAACUUCGCAUGGGUAACUCAGCUGGUGUAAAUGGUUUCCCGUCAAGGGGUGGCGAAAAUGUUCUCAUCAGUGCGAGUCAGAAUGGGCACGGAUGCAUUGCAGAUACUCUCAAUUUGAUGGAGCCCCUGCCAGCCUACCAGGGAAUCCCUCAUUCUUGCCCUGUGUUGCAAACCGGUCCACAACAGGUGAGGUUUUCCCUGGAUGGUGGCACAGGAAUGGGAACCUUCAAAUCAGGACCCUUGCAGACAAGGCCGCCACCUCGCCUUCCAAGCUCACCACCAAUCUCUCCGAUUGCAUCUCCUACUUCAGGGUUGUCACCACGAAGUGGUGAGGUUCACCAGCUUCCCCCCCCUCCUCUAAACUGUUCAGAUAAAUCUUCAGCAUUGCCGCCAAGUGCUCAUAGUGGAGUUCUUCAUCCACCGUCUGCUCCACAAGCUGUGCCACAAUCGGGAGCUUUGAGCACAAGUCCAGGAACUGGUGCUUCUACGGUUGCAGUGUCUGCAUGCACAUCAGCAUCACCACUUCCACCUCCUCCGCUUCAUUCCCUUCGCAGUGUUUCUCCAGUCUCAACAAGUGGUUCCAUCCGAAACAAGGUGUCUAAUAGUAGGAUAGGAAAUAGUGGGUUCCUCAUUGAUCAGCCAGAGUCUGUGGCUCAGCCAUCUUCACCUACAUCAACAUGUUCUUCAACAGUGACUUCAACGGGGCAGGUAUCUGCAUCGGUCGCUUCAGCCCUUCGAGAGCCAAGCACCGCAAAUUCAGCAAGUCCUGUGACCAAUGCAGAGAUGGCCAAGUCAGCACUAUUGUCUUCGUCUUGCUUGCAGAACCCAAAAUUCAAGAGGAGUUUGUCAUUCAAUCAAACUGUGUCAUACUCGUCAGGUGGACUGGUGGAUGGAGGUUUGAAGGAUGCUGUGGCAUCGCGCACUGUUGCUUCUACUCACACGCUCUGGGCUACAAAGACAAGGCUAGGUUGCUUGAACACAUGAGUGCAGCAGACUUUGAAUGGCGAUGGGUGGAUGAUGGCAGCCAACAAUCAGGGAUUCCAGUAGUGCCAGAGUGGGACCGUCUUCCAGACACAAAGAAAGAGAGACUGCUCCAAAUUCUUGCGCAUGCGGUUAUCAUCCGGAGGGAGGUUUUUUUUGAAGAAAGCUGUCCAUUCCCCAGAGGCGCACUCACACUUGCAGACUACGGCGAUGUCCAAAAUUUCAGCCUGGAUACCUGAGAGACUGACCCAAUCGCAACCAUGUUGCAUGCUCCCUAUGGAAUUAUCAUUUAUGCAGGUGUGAUGUGUUUGUAAAGAACCAGUACCUUCCUGGAAAUGGCUGCGGCGGUAAACACAGAGGCCGCGUUUUGGAUGAUCUGUCUGGGCCUGCCUUCACUGGGGUCAAUCUAUAAAUGAUGAUGGAUGGAAAAACUGUCAGGGCGCCGUGGAAGGGUCCAAGGUAGUGGUGUAAAUUGCCAGCGCCAUUUUCAGAAUAUGCAGAUCAAGACCUGUUUGAUCGCACACGGGCAAGUGUUGCCGUUAUUAUCCCUUGUCUGUAGGACCGUGCGUUUCCAUGGACCUACAGAGGAUUUCCCAAGUUGCCGCGGAUGCUGAGUGGCGAACACAUAGGGUGUUGGUGUGAACAUGACGAGGACCGUCCGUUGCAGCUUGAAGCACAGUGAGUGUGUGUGUAUGUGGUGGAAGGCCUUGAAUCUCGAACAAGACCGGAGGCGGGACCAAAGCAGGGUGAGAUUCUGGAUAUGUGGAGGAAGGCCCUGAAUCUCGAACAAGACCAGGGACGGGACCAAAGCGGGGCGAGAUGCGGGACCACAUGUGGAUCGUGUGUCCCAGGGGGAAAGGCUGGUGGGUGGCCUGCAGCAGUGGUAGGUGUAAGGACAUGCAGAGUUAAUCAGAAAGGACAUGGAGGUUUAUCAAUUACCUGGAAGAAUUGAAGAUUGGGCCCCGUGCAGGCAGGUGUUGUUUUUUCUGUAGGAUGCCAAAAAUUUCAAGUGGGUGGCCCAAGUGCUUGUUGGAAUUGUAAAGAGAUGAGAUGAAGCAUAUGCAAUGGAUGGCAGGGAUGGCCACUGCAGUACUUAUGGUUGAACAGAGGGACUACGAGGUCUCCCGGAUGUGUACACGAAGAAGAGUAAGUGAGCAAUUUUAUGUGAGAUCCUGUUUUGUUGCUCUGAGAAGAGACAGCGUAGGUAGAGGGUUUAGCAGAUGUGUCUGAUUAUAGCAUGGUCUUUGAUGAUGACGGCCGUUUUGUUCGCCAUCCGACCAUGACUUACAAAUGGUUGAUCGUCUCUCUCUGUCUCUGGAGGCAGCAUUCAUUUUCUCUGAAGAAUUCUUCUCUUGAUGACGGUGAGUUGAUGUCUUCUGGAUGCAGAGGGGUUCUGCAUUAUCUGCACUGUACAUUUAAUCACGAGUGAGCGAGUGAGUGCUAAAGCAACAUGCUUUGAAGUUGGAAUGGGCUAUAUAUUUGCUUUUGCAGCGUUUGCAUGGAGUCUAGCUGUACGGUUUCCUGUCGGAUUGCCUGUUGCUUGUGGCCCGCGCUUCAGAAUCUGGCCCGUAGCUUGCAACAAUGCCCUUGCCUGACUACUAUUUUGCAUAUUUGUGUGUCUAUCGACAUUGCUUUGUUGCUGUUUAAUGUAUGUCUUGACACGUGUUGCGGAAAGUU